GCACGAAGAGGAGCGGCCCGAGGAGGAGCAGCAGUGGCAGGAGCAUUGCGGGGCUCCACGGCGAGCCCGCUGAGCCCGCAGCUCGGCUGGCCCCGGCAGCAUCGCAUUGCCCUGCGUGCCGCGGCCAGCAGCGCUGGGUGGUCGGGGAGUCACCGCUCCACUCACGGCACACACCACUUACAAGUUCGGAUUUCCCAUUCCCAGACCUUAUCUGGAUAGAGGAGAAGGCUGCGAGGAAGUGGAAGAUGCUCCAGGACACUGAGGCAGACAAGGAGCUGAAGAUGGAGAGCAGGGAGGACAAAUCCCCACGGCAGAACCUCAUGGACGAGGCCGUUUUGAGCGGCUCCACAGCACGGGAACCUAAUGGGGCUGAAAAGCCUCGGAGAUCCCUCAGGAGGAGGGGCUCCAAACCCAGCCCAGGAUAUGCUGAGGGAGAAAGACCCAGCCUGUGCCAGGAAGGCAGCCAGAGAUCUGGCCAGAGCUCUGAGGUGGUGGUCAAUGAGCAGCUUAAUGAUGGCAAGAAGCCCCACCAGUGCUUGGAAUGUGGGAAGAGUUUUCUGGCGAGCUCCUGCCUGAUCAUCCACCAGAGGAUCCACACCGGGGAACGGCCCUACGAGUGUGGGGAAUGUGGGAAGAGCUUCAGGAUCAGCCACCACCUGAUGAACCACCAGAGGAUCCACACCGGGGAACGGCCCUACGAGUGUGGGGAAUGUGGGAAGAGGUUCAGGAUCAGCUCCCACCUGAUCGCCCACCAGAGGAUCCACACCGGGGAACGGCCCCACAAGUGUGAGGAAUGUGGGAAGAGCUUCAGGAUCAGCUCCCACCUGAUCGUCCACCAGACGACCCACACCAAUGAACGGCCCUAUAAAUGUGGAGAAUGUGGGAAAGGCUUCAGGAGGAGCUCCAGCCUGAAACUCCACCAGAUGACCCACACUGGGAUACGCCCCUAUGUGUGUGGGGAGUGUGGGAAGGGCUUCCGUGACAGCUCUCGCCUGAUCAUCCACCAGACAAUGCACACUGGGGAAUGCCCCUACACGUGCUUUGAAUGUGGGAAGACCUUCAUUGAGAACUCCAGGCUGAUUAUGCACCAGAGGAUCCACACUGGGGAGAGGCCCUACAAGUGCGGGGAAUGUGGGAAAAGCUUCAGGCAGAGCUCCACCCUAAAUGCCCACCAGAGGAUCCACACUGGGGAGAGGCCCUACAAGUGCGGGGAAUGUGGGAAAAGCUUCAGGCAGAGCUCCACCCUAAAUGCCCACCAGAGGAGCUACACUGGGGAGAAGCACUAUGAGUGUCCUGAGUGUGGGGAGAGGUUUCGGAGCAGAUACCGUCUCCUCAAGCAUCAGCAGAUUCACACAGAAUAGAGGCCCUUCCGCUGCCCCGACUGCGGGAGGGGCUUUAAGAGAAACUCCACUCUCAUCACCCACCAUCAGAUCCAUGCUGGGGAGAGGCCCUAACAGAGUCCCAAGUGUGGGAAGCGCUUCUCCCAGAACUCUACUGUGACCCAGCACCAAGGGAGGCAGCAGUAAGGGAAGCCCUACAAGUGCCCCGUGUGCGGGAAGAGCUUUGAGCGCUGCUCCAACUCCAUCCCCCACUGGAGGACCCCCAUUGGAUGGUCCACGAUGACCCUCGUUGGGCAGAGACUUGGUGAUCCAUGGUCCUGGUGAUCCAUGUUGGGAAGAAACCUGGCUGGUGAUCUCCACAUCUUCCUGGCUCCCCUUGGGCACUUGGGAUACAGCCAGAGAAAAAUCCAUUGGGAUGCAAACCAAAUUCAGAAUUUCAUAGGGGACAGCACAGUUUUUUACUUUCAACCCCAAAAAUAUCUCACCUUUUGCAUCCAAUCAUUUCUUCAGGUGGCAUCAAGGAAUACUGGAUGGUGUUGGAGGUCUUUUCCAAUCAAAAUCAUUCUAUGAUUCUAAUUCUCUCUGGCCCAUAGGCAUUUUUCACAGCCAAAUGGUGAUUGACUGGAGCAAAAACACAAGAUUUUGGAGACAGUGGAGUGGAAAUUCCUCUAGAAAAGGUUCUACUAACCCAGACACCUGGAUACUCAGCCAGC